CGCGCAUGUGCGGUGCCCCCCUCAAGCCGACCGAAGUCAGAACGUCGGUUUCGCUCGUCUAACGGUACAUUUUUACUGGUCGUGAAAUUUUUGCCACGCUAAGCCGUUUCUUCUGGAUCUUCCCGCGAACCUACGGCAUAUCCUCCGUCUGCUAGUUUCCAAAUGCUCCCGACACGUUCGGCAAUCUCGGAUUGCCGUUCGUCGUUGCUCGGGACGCCUCAACCUAUACUCCAUACUUAAAUGAACGUGGGCUGUGUCGCGCGAGCCCGUAAAAUGUCCAGUGGAACACGCCGAGAUAAUUCUUUCUUUAUUUUCACCUGAUAUAAGGUACUUCGGAAAGGGAUAAGCAACGUUACGUUCGGAAGUAUCUCGGGACGGAAACAUCCGGUCGGUGACACGACAACGAUGGCGGCGCGUCAUGAGGCGCAAGAUUUCCGCGUGCCACUGAUCAAUUUAGAUGGCGAGUUGACAGGAGACGCAUUUCAGGACGUCUUUUUUUCGUUGGUCGAUAAAAGAUUGGACCUGAUUGAUCCUAUUCCUAAUAUUCACGCACUGUUUGUACAAUUCGACGAGCGAUUCUUCAGGAACAUGCUGGCUCCCGUCGAAGUCAAAUGGAGUAACAAAAUGACAAGUUCUGCUGGGGUUUGCACAUUUCGCUCGGGUAAUCAACAAUGUGUGAUAUCACUCAGUGUGCCGUUACUUAAGCUUAGGCCAAGGAAGGAUCUUAUAGAGACGUUAUUGCACGAGAUGAUCCAUGCAUAUUUGUUCUUGACAAAUAAUGAUCGGGAUCGAGAUGGCCAUGGUCCGAACUUUUGCAAACACAUGCACAGAAUUAAUAAAGAAGCAGGAACCAAUAUAACUAUUUAUCACAACUUUCACGAAGAGGUGAAGCUAUACAAACAGCAUUGGUGGAAAUGUAAUGGACCUUGCCAAAACAAACCACCGUACUUUGGGACGGUUCGACGAAGUAUGAAUCGCCCACCCGGCCCGUCAGACUUCUGGUGGUCCCGACAUCAACAAAAUUGCAAUGGCCAGUUCAUAAAGAUCAAAGAGCCAGAGAAUUUUAAAUCUCGUUCGAAGCAAAAUAAUAAAUCAAAAUCAACAUCAAAGGAUAACAAACCGAAUAGAAGCAUAACUAAUUGGAUCACAAAGACUAUUCCGGUGAUGGAUGCAGUUGCAUCUACAUCUUCAAAAGUCCUUGCUAAUAACAUGUCUAACAUACCUCCUGAGGCAAAGAUUGAUAGGCCUAGCACUAGUAAAGACAAUGGUGAUACAAAUUCGUCGCAGGAAACGAAGAAACUUGGCAGCUCUAGUAAUAACGUACAUGGCUGGGGUAUUAGUGGCCCGAGUGGAAACGCGAAAAUGAAUAAUGCAAAGACUGUAUCUAAGAAUGCCACGUUUUCUUGUUCCGGUGUUCUGGGAGGCAGUACCAGUGGUCGGAGUAAUCUCCUGACCAAAUUCCAACAGACGAACGACGACAAAAGUCGCCAGGGUGAAUUGGUUCAAAAAAAUUCAUCUUCGGAAUCGUCAUCGGGACAAGAGCCCGCUAAUAAUCCAAGUCAACCGAGAAAUAAUUCCGCACCUUGUCCUUUGUGCAACAUAACUGUAACCACAAGAAAUAUAUACAGCCAUAUAGAUUCAUGCCUAAUACAUAAUAGUAAUACAUCAUUGGUUGAUGAGAUUAACAAUAAUAUUAAUAACAAUAAUAACAGUGAAGAGUUGAUGUUGCCUAUUCGAACGUUCUCCAGGUCAAUUGAAGAGGACAAUGUUGAUGCAUAUACAAGUUCUAAUAAGCGUUUCAAAUCAGAUACUUCAAAUGAAACAGUUAACUAUGCGACUUGUCCCGUUUGUGAUAAGAGGCUGCCAGCAACUGAUAUUCACCAGCAUGUUGACGAGUGUCUAUUGGAAGCAGAGAGGGCUCGUAAGGCUGCCAUUCCUUCAACUUCUCGUGCGUCGUAUGACGAAGAGAACCCAAAAGCAGCGGAACAAAUAUGUUUAGUUUGCAAUGCACAAAUUGCUCCUGAAUCAUCAUUAAAUGAACAUCUCGAAGAAUGCAUUGAAAGUAUCUUUGAAGGCAAAAUGAUGAUGGAUGAUACGCUUGCUAUAGAAACUAAUUCGUUGAAAAAUGAAUAUCCCUGUCCAGUAUGUAUGGAGAUAAUACAAGGAAAUCUUAUGCACCAGCAUUUAGAUAUGUGCCUUAAAAAUGAAUAAGUGGUCUUGCGAACAAAAAGAGCAACAAUGAACUAUUUUGCGGAUAAGGAAAUGUGUUUUUUUUUAAAAAUCUGAAUAUGUAUCUCAUUAAACAUCUUUUCAUAUAUAUAUAUAAGGUUCGUUUGUGCAUAUCGUCAUUUUUAUAUGAAGACAGAAUAAAUAAAAGAUUUAAUGCAAAACAAAAAGUUAUUAUUAUAAGAACAUGAAUAUGUAAUUUGAAACGACAUUUGUAUACUUAUCAGAAAUAGAAGUUUCAAGUAUAUUAUUAAAGAUACCUGUAUCGGAAGGCACAAUUUACAUGCCGAGUGUAAUUAUUAACAUGUAACUUGUAUGUAAUGUGCUUAUAUAAUUUCAUUUAACAUAAGUUCUUUAAUGAUUAAGACUAGCUGAUGAAGAAAGUUAGAUUAUUUAUCUAGAAACAGUUCUAUAAAAUUCUCAAUGUUAUUUUUUAAUAAAUAGUAAACAUUAUUUAAGGUUAGUAAUUGAUAAAAAUUUAGAGCUUUAAUCAUUUAGUCAUUUAAACUAAAGUACCUAUGUUCAGAGCUGUUGAUUAUUUGCUAAAGUUGUAUUUUAUGACAGAAAAAAAUAGAGUACAAUAGAGUGAUUAUGUAUGAAUCGUUCAGAUGUUCGGCUUAUAUCAUCCGGCAUUUGCUCAUUAGCAACCAGUUCAUUAAUAACUGGACUGAUUUCAUGCAUUAUAAGAAAAUUUCAGAUAUCAAUUGACUGAUUGAUUCAACGGCCGAAAAUCCGAGCUCUAAUUAUGUAAUUAUAUAGAUAUCUUUUUGUACUGUAACAUUUAUCAGAUAUGUAUUAAAAAGUAUAUUAAAAAUGAA